GAAAGAGAGCAAUUGAGAUGCAAGGGAGAUAUGGAGAUGAAGAGAGGAAGACAGACGCCUGUAGCAUCGUUUCACUGCUCGUGCACCAUCCCUUCUACAUGUGGGGACUAGAAGCGUGAUACGUUACAGCAUGGAAGCUCAACCAGUUCAAAGCAUGCAGUCCUUAAAAGGAGCAGUAAGAUACUGGAGUGGACGUCAUGAAACCCAGCUAAUACCUCCCUCCAGGAUCAUUUUCUGGACUGCUGGACAUAUUGGGGACUUGACCUCAGCUGAUGGGAGCUGCCUUGCUCAAGAACUCAGCGGUCUCACUCUGCUCCGUUUAAGGAGAAAUUGAUCAAGAAGAGAUGGUUCCAGGUAAGAAGACUGCUGUUCUUGUGGAUGGAAUUCUACUGAAUGGCCCCACAACAGAUGCAAAAGCAGGAGAAAAUUUUGUCAAAGAGGCCUGCAGGCUAAUCAUGGAAGAAGUGGUUUUGAAGUCUACAAAUGUUAAUGAGAAGGUUUGUGAAUGGCAGCCUCCUGAACAACUGAAAAAACUCCUUGAUCUGGAGAUGAGAGCCGCAGGAGAGCCACCUCACACGCUGUUGGAACUCUGCCAGGAUGUCAUACGCUACAGUGUCAAAACUAACCAUCCACGGUUUUUCAACCAGUUAUAUGCUGGACUUGAUUAUUAUUCCUUGGUUGCCCGAUUUAUAACAGAAGCACUAAACCCAAGCGUUUAUACGUAUGAGGUGUCCCCAGUAUUUCUGUUAGUGGAAGAAGCUGUUCUGAAGAAAAUGAUUGAGUUUAUUGGCUGGAAAGAAGGGGAUGGAAUAUUUAACCCAGGUGGCUCAGUGUCCAAUAUGUAUGCAAUGAACCUAGCUAGAUACAAAUAUUGUCCUGGUAUUAAAGAGAAGGGCCUAUUUGGGUUGCCAAGAUUAAUCCUGUUCACAUCUGCAGAGUGUCAUUACUCCAUGAAGAAGGCAGCCUCUUUUCUUGGGAUUGGAACUGAGAAUGUUUACUUUGUCGAAACUGAUGGAAGGGGUAAAAUGAUACCAGAGGAACUGGACAAGCGCAUCUGGCAAGCCAAACAAGAGGGAGCAGUGCCAUUUCUUGUCUGUGCCACAUCCGGUACAACAGUGCUGGGAGCCUUUGAUCCUUUGGAUGCAAUAGCUGACAUCUGUGAAAGGCAUGGCCUCUGGCUUCAUGUGGAUGCCUCUUGGGGUGGCUCAGCUUUGAUGUCAAGGAAAUAUCGCAGGCUUCUGCAUGGCAUUCACAGGGCUGACUCUGUGGCCUGGAACCCACACAAGAUGCUGAUGGCUGGAAUUCAGUGCUGUGCUCUCCUGGUUAAAGACAAAUCUGACCUACUUAAGAGAUGCUAUUCUGCCAAUGCAUCUUACCUGUUCCAGCAGGAUAAGUUCUAUGAUGUCAGCUAUGACACAGGAGACAAGUCUAUACAAUGUAGCAGGAGACCUGAUGCAUUCAAGUUUUGGAUGACUUGGAAGGCCAUAGGAACAUUAGGCCUUGAAGACAGAGUUAAUCGUGCUCUUGCUUUAUCUAGGUAUCUAGUAGAAGAAAUCAAGAAAAGAGAAGGAUUCAAGUUACUUAUAGAGCCUGAAUAUGCCAAUAUUUGCUUUUGGUAUAUUCCACCAAGCCUCAGAACUAUGGAAGAGGGACCUGAGUUCUGGGCAAAACUCCACUUGGUAGCACCAACCAUAAAAGAGAGGAUGAUGAAGAAGGGAAGCCUCAUGCUGGGCUACCAGCCCCAUCGGGGGAAGGUUAACUUCUUUCGGCAGGUGGUGAUCAGCCCUCAAGUGAGCCGAGAGGACAUGGACUUCCUCCUGGAUGAAAUAGACCUACUGGGUAGAGACAUGUAGCUGUGACUUUCAGGUCUUGUCCUGGGGAAGGUUCAGGCCAUGGCAGGACGUAUGUUAGAUUACAACCCUUCCAGUAGGAUGUAGGAAGCAUGCUCUGUCUGGACUGAGUGCAACUUUUAUGCUAAGCAAAUAGUGUUAAUGAUUUUUUAGCUGCCUGGGGAUGGUGCUAAUAUAAGGGAGGACUUAGAACAUAGAUUUCUUUCAAGGAUUUUCCCUGUGAUGGAAGCUUGAAGAAAGUUAAUAGGUUCCACAAAGUGCCUGGGUUCAUUGCUCUUUAAGGGACAUAUGAAUCCAGUGCAGUUGUCAGUGUGUGGCUCUUAGGGCAGCAGCAGCAGCAUUGCUGAGAACAUGUUAAAAAUGCAGAUUCCCAGCCCCUCCCCAGAACUACUGGGAGUGGAGCCCCGUAUUCUGUAUUGAAAGUGCCCAUUGGGUGAUAUAGAGACUAGACAAAAUCUGAGAACUAGGGGUUCAGUGACAUGUUGCUAGGCCUGAAUACUGGCUCUGGAGAUUGAGCAGCAAAGAGAUAUUUAGCAUUUCAGUGGUCUCCAAGCCUGUCUUUGAAAGGUAGUGGCACCUCUAGCACCCAUGUUUAGGGCACCUGAUAUGUAUUGAAGCUAUUUUUUUAAAAUAAAGUCUAUAGAAGACAUUUACGUUAUAAAGAUAUUUCUUCUGUGCAAGCCGAAUGCUACUCUCAGCAAUUAAAACUAACCACAUUCUUCGUUUAUUUUAAUUAGCGAGGAGAGACAAAAAAAAUCAAUUCCAACCAAAGCAAUAUUUCUAAUUCUCUUCCCAGAACUAUCUGUGUCAAUGGCUUGCUUAUAGAAAAGAAUGAAAAUGAAGUCCAGAAUUAUGAAAGAUUCUCUUUCUAAGUUUUGAAAUGUCAGUGUAUACUAUUAGGUGACAUAUAGGGCAGAGAGGCUGGGAACCAGAGGUCUUAUUCAGUGUGUGUACCUCUUCUGCUACUGUUGGGAGUGAAUAAUUAUAAUCCUAUCUCUAGCUGGAGUCCUGUAUUGCAAGAAUACUACUUGACCGAGAAGUAAAUGGAAGCUAGAGGUGUGGAUGCAGAAUUUAACAAGCUGAAUCAUGAAUAUAAUUAGAACUCGGAUUUGGAAGGCAAAUGAUUGAAGAGUGUUCAAGUAUUCGAUUUAGCAUAUUCUAUGACCUUUCCAUACUCCAUCAACUUGCUUCAUUUAAAUUUUAAUGUGUAUAAAAUGAAUUUGUGCUGUUUAAUUUUAUUCUGUAUUUCCCCUUUAAGGUGUGUGGCUUUUCAAUAUCUCCAUUGGUCAAAGAACCUCUUAAUUUUUCACUGAAUUAUUCUGGUGAUAAUUAUUUGUGUGUGUUUAUUAUAUCUCUUCUUGCAUUUUUGUUUUGAUGUCUACGUGAAUGUUCUUAAUUUAUGAUUAACAAUUUUUGCAAUAUUUGGGUUUCAUGAAAUAAAAAAUCAAUACUAGCACCUACUUAGAGUGUUUGUUUUUUCUUUUCCUGUCAUUGCCUGUUUACUGGAUCAACAGAACAUUUUUAAAAGUGAGUGGGGGUUGAUUGGUAUUUUAACAUAAAUAAUUGAGAUGCAUUGAAAGCUGUCUUUUUUUUAAAUUAACACCUUAAAUAAGAAAAUUUAAGUCAUAUAACAGGCUAAGGAUAUCUCUCUCUCUUGAAGUCUUUUUUUUUUUUAUCUGCCAUGCAUUGUUUUGUUUUGCUUUGCUUUGCCACUAAGUUUAUUGAUGAGAUUCAGUGCCUAUAGUAUGAAUCCACUACUCCUGGCAUUCAUUUUUCCUCCCCCCCCCAAUUAUGACAGAGACAGAAAUGGGGAGGGGAGGAGGGAGAGACAGAGAGAGAAACAGAUUUCAGCAGCCUGCUCCACAAAUCAUGUAACUUUCCCCCUGCAGAUAUAGACUGGGUUCUCUAAACUGGGUCUGAGUCCUUGUGCACUUAACUAGUAGUCUGACUGUGAUGUAGUCACUCAUUGCAUUUUUUUUUUUUAUCAUAUGCCUACAGUAUUCCAGGCAGUUACUUGGGUGCAGGAAUGUGUUGUGAUUGAAGUAGACAAUGUUCCUGUUCUUUUGGAAACUUUUUUUUUUUCUAUCUCUUCUCUUCUUCUUCUUCUAGCGUUUGCCCUUCUUCCGUAGCCAGUCAACAGCGUCAGGUUGAGCCUGAUGUAAAGUUUCGAGACCUCCUUUGAAUCUGGAGAGGUGGCAGUCGUUGA